CAGGUGACAGAAAAGUCAAGCCAUCUCGGCUUUUAACCUAAAAGUCCUUAAUAUUUUUUUACCAACUUACUUUUGUAGCAAAUUUUGUAUAUUAUUUAUGAAAAUAUAAUUUACCAGUAAAUAAAUAAUUGAUUAUCAACAAUCAUGCGUCCUAAUAUGUUACAAGGGCACGAACGUGCCAUAACUGCAGUAAAAUACAACCGGGAAGGUGAUUUAAUUUUCUCAGCCUCCAAGGAUAAGAAGCCAAAUGUUUGGUGGUCUGCCAAUGGAGAAAGAUUGGGAACUUUCAAUGGUCACAAUGGUUCUAUUUGGUGCAUUGAUAUCGAUUGGAGAACUCAGUUCUUUAUGUCUGGAUCUGGUGACAACACUUUGAGAAUCUGGGAUUGUCAAACAGGAAAAGAAAUUUCUCAAAUUCAAACCAACAGUUCAGUGAGAACUUGCGCAUUUGGUUUCUCAGGGAACAUGGCUGUUUACUCAACAGACAAAGCCCUAGGUCAUCAGUGUGAAAUGUUUAUCAUUGACACGAGAAAUGUUGACUCCAUGUCAUCUGAAGGAUCAGCUAUAAUUCGUAUCCCAAUCAACGGGCCUAGAAUUUCAUCAAUUCUCUGGGGUGCUCUUGACGAAACAAUUAUUACUGGGCAUGAAGACGGUGAAAUAAAUAUUUGGGAUGUUUCUACUGGAAAGAAAUUAAAUUCCCAAAAAGGCCACAAGUCGCUAAUAAAUGACAUGCAGCCAAGUAAAGACGGCACAAUGUUUAUUACGGCGUCAAAAGACCACACGGCAAAAUUAUUUGACAGCGAGUCUUUGAUGCAUCUCAAAACUUACCAAACUGAGAGACCCGUUAAUUCAGCAACGAUAUCACCCAUUUUCGACCACGUAAUCUUGGGUGGUGGUCAAGACGCCAUGGAUGUUACGACUACGUCCGCACGUCAAGGAAAGUUCGACGCGCGUUUUUACCAUCUUGUCUUUGAGGAAGAAUUCGCAAGAUUAAAAGGUCACUUCGGUCCCAUUAACUCACUCGCUUUUCAUCCAGACGGCCGCAGCUUUUGCAGUGGCGGUGAAGACGGUUUCAUUAGAAUUAAUCCCUUUGAUAAAUCUUACUUUGAUUUCAACUUUGAAUAUUAAUUGCAGUUUAUUAUUAUUUUUUCUGUAUUACCAACAGGUCAUUUAAAUCUGAUUUAAUAAAACUUCCAAAAGGUACUGAUAAAUA